AUGUCGUAUUUACGCAAUUUGCCUGUUUUCGAUCACAAAACAAGUGAAUGGUCAAUAUUUUAUGGGAAAUUAACACAGUUCCUAAGGAUAAAUAAUGUGACAAAAGAAGAAAUUAAGAGUGGUAUCCUGCUUACUCAUCUCACCGAUGAAACCUACCGCUUAGUACGUAACUUAGCGUACCCUAACACGGUGAAAUCGUUAACUUACAACGAGCUAGUUCAAAUACUCAACAGCCAUUUCAAACCAAAGCAGUGCUCCUUCGUAGAUAAGGCCAACUUUUUUGGAGCGACUAGAAGUCCAGGAGAAUCACUGGGAGACUGGGUGGCGCGAUUAAGAGGACUAGCAAGCUAUUGCGAAUUUGGCGACGCCCUAGAAACGAAUCUGAGAGAUCGUUUUGUCCUAGGCCUGGGCUCUGGCCCGGAACGCGACAAGCUGUUUGAGCAGAACCCGACAACACUUACGCUAACUAAGGCGAUUGAAAUAGGGGAACAAGCUGCUUGCGCAAGAGAGGUAAAUGUGAUGCUGAAUACGAGCGAUUUUGGGCUCAUCAAGGAAGAGCCUGUGUAUCGUGCAAAAAUUCACCAGUUCGCUCGGGGAAGCGGAGGUGACGGCAGUGGCAAUGACAGUGUCGGCGCUAGGACAUCGCGACGCGAAACUGGCUCCUGUUCAUUUUGUGGUAUGAAAAAUCACUACAGUGAUAAAUUCCGGUACAAAAGUUAUAAGUGUCAAAAGUGCGGUAUAAAAGGGCAUUUUAAGAAAGUUUGUGCUAAAAAUAAAAAUAACUCGUGUGCUUUUCACAUUCAAUCAGAACAGAAAUGCGGCGCUAAUGAGGUCAAGGACACAGGUUGCGUAGAAUGCCAGAACUUUAACUUAAGGUACGUUGAUGAUAAACCAAUUGAAAUAAAUUUAAUUUUAGGCAAUCACAACUUAACAAUGGAACUAGAUUCAGCUCGAGCAGCUGUGUAA